AUGCGACAAUUGAAACGGUUUGUAUUUCGGAAACACUCCAAAUCAGUGGUUAUCAGUGAGUUUGGCCAUUCAUCGUAUGGCUGUUACACAUGGCCAUCAGCAAAAGUGUUGGCAGCAUUGCUAGUUCAAUCAAAAAACAAGUACGCCGGAAAGCAUAUACUAGAGUUGGGUGCAGGCACCGCUCUUGCUGGAUUGACACUUGCCAAAGUUGUUCAUGCUGCAACUGUUGUUUUUACAGAUCAUCCCAUGUACUCACAAGUGAUACAGAAUUUACAGUAUGCAAUUGAACUGAACCAUGUACAAGAUUACUGCACUGUUAAACCAUUAAUAUGGGGUGACUUUUCAGGAUCGAUAGCACAACUGCUUCAAUGCCAUCCUGAUGGAUUUGAUGUGAUUAUUGGUGCUGAUGUCAUGUACGACCCAAAGGACUUUGAGAUUCUGCUUUCAACUGUAUCAGUUAUUCUAAAGGCGUCUCCACCCAAUGCAGUGUUUUUGAUGACAUACCAGGAGCGAAGCUCACGCAGAUCGAUCCAAUGGUUGCUGGACAAGUGGGGACUCUGCUGCCAACAAGUUCAUUUGGAUUUAUUUGAUACACUGGAUUGGAUGGAAGAUAUGAUGAUGAUUCAAAGUUUGGAAUCCUACAAUGUUCGAUCCACAGAGAAUGAAUGUCACAAAGAUCAGUAUGACAUAGACGACAUAUGCAAGCUGCCUAUUCAGCAGAUCUCCAACGAAGAAUCAAGCCAUUCUCAAUCAGGCAUUACAAGUGUAAUGACAUUUGAGAUUCGGCUUUGUCACACUGGCUAA